GUAUCUAUCAAGUCACACAGCUCUCCGACUUGGAAGUUAGCGAAGGGGGUUAGCAACUGAUCCAGGUUUAUUAUAGAAAUGUCUUGUUGUUGCAACUGUAGUGAGUUUCAAAAAAGAACUGACACUAAUAUAGAAUAUUUAUUUCAACAAGUGACUCAACUUAAGGAAAUCCUGGGACGAGGCCAUGAAUGCCAAGACUGCAAGAUGAACAAAAAGAAGCUUGAAGAUGAAAUUCAGAAAGCAGACCAAUACAAGAAAGAUCUAGAAGAUUUCAAGCAAAGGAUGAAAGUCAAGAUUUCCAAAGAGAUUGGUGUCAGGGGAGAUUUGUCAGAAAACAUCAAUGACCCCUGCAGAGAGACAGAGCUUCUGAAAAUGUACGAGAUUCUGAAGAACCAAACCUGGAAACAAACAAAAGAACGGCUAUUGAGUAGAAACUUUAAACAUUUUUUUGAACUUGUAGCUCAGAUCAUAAAGGAAACGUUUAAUACCUCCGAAGAGGACAUGCUUGCUAGGAUAAUGAAAAUAAAGGAAGCAAUCAUGAUCUUACCUACAAGUGAAGAAUCCAAAGAAAAUAAAUUGGUCAGCCAAAAGCUUUCAGAUGACAUGGAAACAGCUAUUAAAAAUCUCCAAAAAAGAUUUUCAAGCUGCAGCAUGGAUCUCUACAGGGAGCUGGCAACGAAAAUACUUAAGUCUAAAUUACAGCUACAUAUGGGGGAUUAUGGUCUGAUCCGUGAUUUCACCGCUGAAUGCUAUAAAGUGAGCUGUUUGAUGACUUUGCACAUUCCUCCACUUCAGCCUUCCUGGGAGUUCCAUACAAGUGGUGAAAGCAACAAUCAAGACAAAAUUCUCUUUCCAGCUAUUUUACAUAGCAAGCUUCUGAUUGUAAAAGCAGAAUUUUACCCUAUGUAGAUGACUUAAAUACAGUGCAGCGGAGCUGUAGCACAAAAACAUAAUUUACAGCUUUCAAUAUUCUUAUGAUGUGAUGAUGAACAUACAAUAAUACCCAUGCACAGAGGCUUCUGAAAGUCUCUUGACACAGUGCAGAUUUAUGAUGUGUGAUUUUUGUGGACAGCAUAUAACUUCAUUUUCUUUGUUAUUGUUUAAAUACAGCAUUAUAUUUACUCACAUGUUGCUCUGCCUCUUUAAGUUGAGUUUCUUUAAUUUUUAGUUACAGUGGCAGCUAUUUACAUUGUUCAUGUUUUAGCUGCACAUAGAUCUUAAUUAAAGGUCUUUUGAACACAAGGUUGUGGUGUCAGAAGACUUAUAUUUAUUAAUGUUAAAUGCCACGUAUACUGUAUUAAAUCUGUUUUCUAAUAAUUAGUUCAAAUGUGAUUUUGCUUCUCAGUUGAAGGCUCCACUGAUAAAUGUAUUUAAUCUUAUACAAAUUGUUAGCAACAUCUUCCAGGGUAUAGCAGUACUGUAGACUUGGUGGGCAACAUCAGCUUAAACAUUGUAUGUUUGUAUGUUGUAUGGUUAUUUCUGUUUUGUUUUUUGUACUUUUAGCAAAUCAUGAUUGUAUAUUGCUAAAGACAUGUAUGCAAAUGUAUGUAUAACUUUUAUUAAAUAAUGGUAUUUCUGCUUA